GGGCCUGAGAGGCAACUCAGAUGUGUCCUCCAGGGGCCUUGCCCCCUCUAUACAUCUCCUUUGCCCUCUGCCCUCCCUGUGCCCUGCAGGUCAAUGUUUAACAACAACCAGAGCGGAGGUGGAGUAAUGACCAAGGAGCUUGGCCCAUCUGCCCUGAGUAGGGGUCAGAGUUUGCAGCCUGCUCUCAGUUCUCCCUCCCCCGGCCAGGUUGCCCUAAACCCAUCCCGUGCCAUGGCAGCCCACCUGCUUCACAUCUGCAUCCUCUUCCUGAUCUUACUGGACAUGGUCCAAGGCUCCAGGGACCCCUUGGCACCCAACCAGCCCUUCAUCACCGUCUGGAAUGCAAACACUCAGUGGUGCCUGGAGAGACACGGUGUGGAUGUGGAUGUCAGUGUCUUCAAUGUGGUGGUAAACCCAGGGCAGACCUUUCGCGGCCCUGACAUGACAAUUUUCUACAGCUCCCAGCUGGGGACCUACCCCUACUACACGCCUGCUGGGGAUCCUGUGUUUGGUGGUCUGCCCCAGAAUGCCAGCCUGGGUGCCCACCUGGCCCGCACAUUCCAGGACAUCCUGGCUGCCAUGCCUGCACCUGACUUCUCAGGGCUGGUGGUCAUUGACUGGGAGGCAUGGCGCCCACGCUGGGCCUUCAACUGGGACACCAAAGACAUUUACCGGCAGCGUUCACGGGCCCUGGUACAGGCACAGCACCCUGACUGGCCAGCUCCUUGGGUGGAGGCAGCAGCCCAGGACCAGUUCCAGAGGGCUGCACGUGCCUGGAUGGCAGGAACCCUCCAGCUGGGGCGGGCACUGCGCCCUCGCGGCCUCUGGGGCUUCUAUGGCUUCCCUAACUGCUACAACUAUGACUUUCUAAGCCCCAACUACACAGGCCAGUGCACCCCAGACAUUCGUGCCCAGAACGACAAGCUAGGGUGGCUGUGGGACCAGAGCCGUGCCCUCUACCCCAGCAUCUAUGUGCCUGCAGCACUGGAGCACACAGGGAAAGCAUGGAUGUAUGUGCGACACCGUGUGGGUGAGGCAUUCCGUGUGGCUGCGGCUGCCAGGGACCCCAAUCUGCUGGUGCUGCCCUAUGCCCAAAUCUUCUAUGACAUGACAGACCACUUUCUUCCACUGGACGAGCUGGAGCACACCCUGGGAGAGAGUAUGGCCCAGGGUGCAGCAGGAGUGGUGCUCUGGGUGAGCUGGGAAAGUACAAGAACCAAGGAAUCAUGCCAGGCUAUCAAAGAAUAUGUGGACACUGCACUGGGGCCCUUCAUCCUGAACAUGACCAGUGGGGCUCUUCUCUGCAGUCAAGCCCUGUGCUCUGGCCAUGGCCGAUGUGUCCGCCGCUCCAGCCACCCCGAGGCCCUUCUCAUCCUCAACCCUGCCAGUUUCUCCAUCCAGCUCACACCUGGUGGUGGGCCCUUGACUCUGAAAGGUGCCCUCUCACCUGAAGAUCGGGUGCAGAUGGCCGUGGAGUUCAAAUGUCGCUGCUACCCUGGCUGGCAGGGAGCACAGUGUGAGCAGAAAAGCAUGUGGUGAUUGGCCACUCACCAGGUUGUGCACAUUGAGCACCUAGUGUACUCUGGGCUGGGCCACAGCUUUCUCAAAUACAGGCAUGUCAUACAAGUCAUGGUCGCCAUCAGGAAUACACUCAGCCAUCAUGAUGGGCAUAUGCCCUGCACAUACAUGCAAGCCGACAGACAAGAAUAGUCACAUAAGGAGUUAGAACCACUGCAGACACCCUCAACUCAAUGUCCAUGUGUAUCUACUUGGCAGCAUCAUAGACAAUUUCUCCAGAGACACCGAGCCAGCCUUUGAACUGCAGCAAUCACAAAAGCUACAUUCACUGAGCAUUUACUCUUUGCCAAGCCCUGUACUAAGCAGUUUAAGUGGCUUUAAUGAGUUUAACCUACUCAAUCCUCACAAUGAGGCUAUAUGGAAACUGAGGCACUCUCAGAGAGGGUAAGCACUUUGCAGAGGUCGCACAGUAAUAAAAGAGAGAAGCUGAAAUUCAAACCCAGGCUGUCUGGCUCCAGAGAUAGAGAGCCCUUGUUUUUCUACUUUGUUGAUGGUAACCAGCCCUGCAAGAUCCCGGAACCUGUUGAGACACCAGCCCUACAAAUAAAGCAGUCAUGACUUA